AUGUCGGGGCUGGUGCAGUCCUGCAGAAGUGAAGCUAGUUAUCAUGUUCCUACCCCAAUUGGAUCUCUGCUUAUAAUAAUUCAAAAUGGUCUCUGUGCUGGGACAAGUUCCGAAGUUGCAACUGUCCUGGAAAAUCAAGGCCACAGGGUCCGGUAUUCAGAGUCAGUGGAAGAUGGAUCAAUUAUAUUUUCUCUCUCUGGAGUUGCAUUUUUAUUGAUGGAUGCUAAAGAAUGCCUUAUGUCAGCUGAAGAAAUUGUUCUAGCCAAAACUGAGAAGUUUAUAAACAUUCACCGAAAUAGUUUUUUGGUUCUGUCUGCUGCCCUCCAUGGCUCCCAGGAAUGGAAACUGAUGUUCAGGAUUCAACAGAGAUUCCUGGGUAGAAACUUAAGGAUACUUCCAGUACAUAACACAGUAAAUGCUAUUAAUCUUAUAUGCACUAUAGCUAAGACCACCUCCAAACCAUAUAUAGAUAGCAUCUGCUACAGAAUGAUAACAGCUAAAGCUUAUGUCAUUGAGCAGAGUCCUGUUUGGAAAACACUUCAAAAGAUAAAACUGAGUAGUGAUUAA